AUGGCAGCCUGUCAACGCCGUCCUCGUUGCGCAGACCCAGAUGAGGCGACGCGGAGACUGGUGCCGCGGGAGGCUUGUCGAACCAGACGACUGCAGUCGGGAGUGCUUCGGCUGCAAAAAGGCCCUUCCGCGCAGUACGAGAUCCUGCCGUAUCGCGAAUACCGCAGCUUCUACAUCCCAAUACCUUCCGGUGCCGACUACGAUCUCGCCGUAACCGUCGAAUCCAUCAAGGGAGAUGUAGAUCUCCAGCUUCUGUCGCCCAACGGCACACUGCUGUCCCAUUCCGAGGAGCGCAUCGGGGAUGAUGUCGUACAAGCGAGCCGUACAUUCCUCAACAAGAACCCCGGCAACUACACGCUCCUCCUCCAAACGGUUGCAGGAGCGGAGUCCUGGUACAACAUUAAGUGCUGUCCUGAUGACGACGAUCAACUGCCGGAUUCGUGUUCCGUACUGCUCAACGCCACGUCAUCAACCGCCAGCCUGGAGCAGGACUUGUGCCUGCAACCACCCAACAUGUGCAAUGAACAGGUUCGGCGCGCGCGGGAGGGCGCGGGCCAAAUUAUCAAGUUGGUGCUGUCCGGCGGCGACAGAGGCAACUUCGUGUGCCCCUCCUUUCCCACAGAGUUGGGUCAGCUGCCAGCGCUGCAAGUACUCGACUGGGCUAGUAACAGCCAAGUCGGCACUCUGGCGUCCGUGGCCGCAGCCCUUUCCCCUCUCUCAGGCUCCCUCCGCCGCCUCUAUCUGGGCCGUAACGCCCUAAGCGGUCCACUGGGCUGUGAGCUGGUCAACGGUACGGCACUGGAGAUUCUGCGGCUGGAGAGGAAUCUACUGACUUCGCCCUCACUGCGGCAGCUCUCCCUGGCGGGUAAUCUGCUGCACGGCAGCAUACCCGCGAUGUCACGGGACUGCGCCCUCAAACUUCUGGACCUGUCCGAAAACGGCCCGCCGUUGGGAUUAUCCGCAACCAACAAGGGCAUGCAGGGCCCUCUCCCCUCCCUGGGUCUGGCCGCCAACCUGAACUACCUGAACGUGCAAAGCAACAGUCUGACAGGGACCAGCGCCGACUUGCGUGUGCUAGACCUCUCAAGAAACCAGCUGACGGGCACCUUAGCGCCCCGCGUGACUGGCAGUCCGUUGCUGACGGUGCUGCGGCUGGCCGGCAACCGCCUAAGUGGGGCUCUCCCCAGCUCCUCCUGGUCGCCCUUUCUGCUGGACCUGGACCUCAGCGAGAAUGGCUUCACUGGGCAGGACGUUGGCGACCUGCUAAACAGGUCAACCCUGGUCAAAGUCAAUUUGGCGGUCAACAACCUCUCCAUGGACGUGCAGGUGCUCGGCAGCAAGGUACCUGUCAACAGCUCCAUUCUGUAUUUCAACGUAUCGCACAACAAUAUGUACGGCAGGUUAACCGAACAGUUGGGUCGUAUGCAGUUGUUCAAUCAGUUGCUGUCCAACGCGGUGCAAGAUGACGAAGCACCGGAGGCCAGCCUACCUCCGCAACCGUUGUUUGACGUCUCGUACAACUUGAUCAACUCAACUUUCCCUCUCAAGUUGCUGUCCCUGCUAUCUGGACUGUACUGGGCCUCACCGUACGACUACGUCCCGCUGUCGCUAGUGCUACAGCCACAAAACCCCCCGGGCGGUCUCACGUGCCCUUCGCCCAACACGGACUUCCCGCCGGAUGUAUUUUACCUCGCCGAACUGCAGGAGCUGUACGACUUGACUUGCUUGACUCGGCUCGGACAGCGCAUUAACAUCUCCUCUUUCCAAAACGUGACCAUCCCGCGGCCGCCCAAGCGCCCGGGGCCCCCGCGACCCCCGCCGCCCCUGCCGCCACGGCCUCCCGUCGUUCGUCGACUGCCUCCAAGCCCCAGCGCCGACGCCAGCGUCAGCGUCGACACCGGUGGCCGCCCCGCGGGUCAAUCCCCACCGCCCGUGCAGCUGCCACCUGGGCCCAGCAACGGUACAAGCAACACGGACAAACCUCCCAGCAACGGCACCGGCAUAGAGGCCACCGGUGGGCAAGAUGCCAGCCACCCGGGGGGCUCUGACGGCUCCGACGUUGGUCACAUGCAGCCUACGGUACCCCAGGUAUCCCCGCAGACCGCGGCGACCGCAGACCGCAGCGGCGGCGGCCGCAGCGGCGGGUCUGGGGGUGCCAUCGCCGGUGGGGUGAUAGGCGGCCUCGUUGCGUUGGCGGUUGUGGCGGUUGUAAUCUGGUACCUUCAACGUCGGAGCAGGAACCGCCGGAAUGUGUAUAGCUCCCGGCGGGUGCCCCUAACGUUCAACACGGCAUACGAGGCGCCAUCGGAGGGAACUGUCUCCAAUUACGGGGACAUGCAACUGUUCGAACUCAAACCCAAUGCAAUCGGCGGCCGAGGGCGCAUUGCCGGCAUACUCGUACCGGGCGGAUUGCAAGAUGUUGUCAUGGGCGACCAAACUGCGGUCCAGCUGCCGGGAACGAGCACCGACGCUGAGUUAGAGGAACUUUACAACGCCCUUCCUGGUUGGCACCAGCAGCAGAGCCUCCAUUCAGGAGCUCUUUUUGGAGGUCUGGCGCGUACUGUGUCGGCUCCAUGUGCGUUUCUGCCCUCGGCUUCCGCGCUGUCGCCCGGCAAUAAUGGUCCCCUGUCCAUGGCUCCUCUAAAAGAACAUUCCUCUGUCGCAUAUCCUUGUUUCGAGGAGGUAUCAUCCUUUCAGAAGCAAACGCCAUUUGUCGCGCGCUGGUUGCUUAAUGAACGACCAACUGCGGGCAACAUCCCGCUACACAACUAUCAACAUGGAGAUGAAGCUAUUGCUGACGGCUUCAGCCUCGCAUCCGACAACCGUGCAGCACCAGCCGAAGCUCGGCUUUGGCCGUCCCGUCUACCAUCAUUGGCCACCACAACAGUUUUGCCACCAGGCGGCGAGAACCACACCGCCAUGACCUACCGCCUCGUAAACCCCAGCAACUGCAACUUUGAACCAACCAACGACACCAACGACCUUAACGCCUCGCACCAGCUUUCCUGCCUCCAACCCAGUCGUGCCGUGCCUCACAACAAUCUCGCCAGCAGCAGCAGCGGUGGCGGCAACGGCAGCCGGACCCUGGGCCAUUACGUUCACUUUAAUCAGCCUCACCCACACUCCCACGCCUUUCCAUCUCCCGCCAGCACCGGCCUCAGUGAUUGGCCCUCAGGCGGUCGCCUCAUCGGGGGCAGCACUGGGCUGGGGCUCCUAUCAGCCGCCAGCACUGGCACCGGCGCCAGCGUCCUCUCCGACACGCCCUCCGGGCCUUACAUCCCCUCCAGACACGGGGACAUCUCCGGAGGUCUGCCGCCGCCGCCGCCGCCGCCGCCACCACCACCACUACCACCACCAUCUCUCAACGCCACGGAUCGCAGUGUCUGUGGCUUCCCCAAUCCUUCACCCUCAUCCACUGGCCCUGCUGCUGCUUCGCCGUAUGGCGGGUUGCUGGGGCUACAUGCACAUUCGCACUCACAUUCGCAUGCGGUGGGGCCUGGGGGACGUGGGAUGGCGGCGGCGGCGGCGGCCGGCGGGGAGCAGGGGCCUGCAUGCGGACCUGCUGUGGCGGACGUACGGAAGUUGGAGAUGAUUUCGGAGGGUGCCGUCGGGACAGCGGCGGAGGGUAGCAUGCAACUCGACAUGGAGCAGGACGCCCACUGCGACGGCGGCGGGCGCGGAGGUGGCGGUAACGGCAGCGGCAGCGGUGGGGGCAGUGGCGGGACCCUACAAUCAGCAUCGUCGGGGUCGUCGAUGUGUGCCGCCAUCGACGGCGCGCUCAUGGCGGCGGCAGGUUGCGACAUGUCCGUCAGCGCUGACGGCGCCGGCGCUGGCGCGGGUGCGGGUGCAGCAACUGGCAAGAUCAAACUGGAGAAGGAGGAGCUCCAAGAUCUCGUGUACACUGUGGAGAUGAGCCUGGCCCGGGCAGUUACCGAACAAAAGGAAACCAUCGCAGCGCUGCAAGCGAAGGUUGACGAGCAAGACGCGCUCAUUCGGGUCCUGCAGGAGAAGGUCCGUCUUUACGAGACACAACACCAGCAGCACCAGAAACAACACGAUGGCGGCGGCGGCGGCGGCGGCAGCGGCGGCGGCGGCGGCGGCGCCAAGGCACAGGGCAGCCGCGGCCCGGCUCGGAGGUUUCCGGAGUCGUAA